AUUAAUACGGACAUUUUCAAGACACCGGAAGUAAGAGGACACGGCAAGCAUGGCAAGGAACAAUAGGACAUGUAGACCACGGUAAAACAACGCUGACAGCAGCAAUGACCAAAGUGUUAUCAGAGGAAAUUGGUACAACAAAGGCUGUACAGUUUGAUGAGAUUGAUAAGGCCCCAGAGGAAAAGAAGAGGGGCAUCACAAUAAACGCUGCACACAUUUCAUACGAGUCAAAAAACAGGCGUUAUGCUCACACUGAUUGUCCAGGGCAUAUCGAUUUUAUUAAAAAUAUGAUCACGGGAACAUCUCAAAUGGAUGGGGCGAUUCUUGUUGUGGCUGCUACCGAAGGAACUAUGCCUCAGACUCGAGAGCAUCUCCUACUAGCUAAGCAGAUAGGCGUUAAACAUCUGGUGGUCUUUAUUAAUAAGAUUGAUGCUGCAGAUGAAGAAAUGGCAGAGCUCUGUGAAAUUGAAGUCCGAAUGUUAUUGGAUGAAUAUGGAUAUCCAGGUUCUGAUAUUCCUGUGAUACAUGGAUCAGCGUUGUGUGCCCUAAAUAAUGAAGAUGAAGAAAUUGGUAAAAAUUCUAUUCUAAAAUUGGUGCAAGCCCUGGAUGAUUAUCUACCUAUACCAGAUCGUAACUUGUCAGCUCCAUUUGUUCUUCCAAUAGAAACAGCAGUGAGAAUUCCAAGCCGUGGAACAGUUGUUGUAGGAACUUUGAAAGAAGGGGUGAUAUGUAAGGGUGAUGCUGCAGAAAUCCUUGGUCUUGGUGUCUCUAUGCAGACAACAGUAUCAGAUAUUGAAGUGUUUCAUGAAUCGGUACCAAAGCUAUAUGCAGGACAAAAUGCAGGAGUUCUUUUGAAAGCAGUUAAACAAACCAACAUUGUUCGUGGAAUGUUUUUAGUGAAACCAAAUUCAGCAACUCAGCAUUCUUAUUUCUCGGCCAAAAUUUAUGUUCUUAAGAGAGAAGAAGGAGGACGAAGCAAACCACUCAGGGAUAAGUAUCAACAGCAGCUUUUCUGUUCAUUGUGGUCCAUGGGGAGUAUCAUAUAUCUGCCGGAAGAUUUACCAAUGAUUAUGCCAGGAGACACUGCUGAUGUCAAAAUACUGUUACGACAGCCAAUGAUUCUUAAGGUUGGACAACAGUUUACCAUUCGUGAAAAUCAAAUUUCUGCCAUUACUGGAAUUGUAACUGAAAUAUUACCUCCCCUUGAUGUUGAAAUUAAGGGCUUUACCUUUCUCAAACCUCAGCCUGCUGUGAAAGUAGAGGGAAGAAGAAAAAGAAAAUGAUGUGAUUAUUAUUUAAUUAUGAAAACUUUGUUUCUAUUUUAUUUACCAAUUUUUUUAUAUUAAAGAGAAAAAAUAAUUAU